AUGCCUCUCGAGACACUGCUCACCAAUCCCAAUCAGCCAGUGCCUCGUUCACGAUCGAUCCUUUCAUAUUUCUCCAACCCGCUUGCGAAUCAUGCACGGAACAUGUUCGAUCUCGUCGUCGAACCCGAUGACCCUUUUAAAGUGUAUUCGCCGGGCCAGACUGUGAAGGGGCACAUCACACUCACUGUACACAAGGGUUUCGACAUUACACAUCUGGUCAUCGCGCUGCAUGGUUACGCGAAAGUGUACAAACAUCAAAUCACGACUGGAGAUGGGGUGACUUCGGCGGAAGCAUUGAUGAUCGGGAGAGGCCCACGAGGGUUUGAAUAUCACGGCAAUGGUCUCGCGUCGCUUUUCCAAAGUGAACAAGUUCUUUGCGGAAAUGGGUUUCUCAAGAAACAAGUGUACAAGUUCGCCUUCGAGGUCUCCUUUCCCAACAAAAGCCUGCCUAGCACGAUUGAGUUCGAGCGAGGUAAGAUCGCGUAUAUGUUGACCGCGACUCUCACCCGGCCGACCACUAUAAGUCCAACGACAACACGAAGCACCAAAUUAAAAUUCCAGGAUCACAUUGACAUUGAAUCAAUGUAUACCCCGAAAUCGAGAACCAUCUCUCUCGAGCCCGUCCAUAAGCGUGGCAAGGUCAAGGCAGUCAAACAGGCAUCAUCAAUAACCACUCAAACCACUCAAACCACUCAAACCACUCAAACCACGUCAAGCGCUGGGCGUUUGACACGGAAUAACACCCAGAACAGCACUGCCACCCGAAGCGAUAACUCGGUGUGCAAUCCGCCGCUCAGCCCCGCGCCUAGUGAUGACACUGUUCAUUCUAACACCACGGCUACGAGCACACAAAGUUUCCACGUUGUCGAUGCAGGAUCGCCUCCAACGAGAACAAGCCCUCAAACAAGCGAUUCUCGAAGUAAUACUACUUCUUCAUCCACUCACACCAUCACUGCCACCACCGAGCUCCCAAGGCAUGGGGUCCUGCCAGGAGAUACUGUCCCAAUCCGAGUGUCCAUCACACACACGAAAGCCGAUGUCAGGGGCAUGGUGAUAGUGACCUUGUACCGACAAGGUAGGGUGGACAUGCAUCCAGCCAUUCCUCUGGCAACGCGAGGGAAGGAGAAAAAGGCAGAGUAUGAGGAUGUGUAUCCCAAGUCCCGUACUGGUCUUGGAGGAUUGUAUUUUGCCAAUGGCUCACCAAGCAGCGUCUUCAGAAAAGAUCUUGCUCAAUCAUCGACCAUGAUGGUUGUCCAUCCUCAAACCAUGACAGCUGACAUAACGACCACAGUCAGGAUCCCAGAUACCGCAUUUCCAACAAUUGCCAACGUGAUGGGAGGCAUGAUAUCAUUCACUUAUCAUAUUGAAGUGGUAGUCGACCUUUUCGGGCGAUUAAAUGAAACACGGAUCCUACCACGACUCACGUCCAGUGAACCGACUUUCACGCACAGUGUUGCCGGUGGGAAUCAAUUAACCUCGGAUUGGUCGCAUAAUAUUCUGGACACUACCCAACUUCGGAGAACCAAGAGUGUUAUCACUUUUGAGAUGUCUCUUGUUGUGGGCACGGUGGACAGUGGGAGGAAACAGCGUCAGGCCAAGCUGGCUGAGGCUCAGAAUCCGACCCCAGACGUGCAGUGGGGUGAAGAGGAUUGGGAUGACAGACUUUAUCAUGAAUAUGAUGGUCAGUAUUAUGAUGAAAACGGGUAUCAAUAUUAUGACGAGUAUGGCUAUGAUCCCAGUUACUAUCAGGAUCACCAAAACCAGAUGGCGGAGGAUCUCCCUCCUCCACCACCCCAAGAAACGCAUGAAGAGGUGGAUGAGAAGACCCGAUUGCGUAGGCAAGAGCAAUUGUUACUGCCCAGUCAACCCCCACAGGAAGGAGAAUCGUCGAACAGCGCGCAUUUGUACGCCCCAACCGCGCCUAUCCUACAGCCUGAUCACUUAUCUGAUGGCCUUCAAACCCAUCAUGAUGGGUCUGCGACUCCAUCGAGCGUUCAUCCGGCUUCGGUGGCAUCAGCAAGGUCAGGAGAUACUAUCAGACCAUAUUCGACCUCUCCUCCACCGGGGCCGCCACCAUUCAGUGAGAAUGAACCUACAGAUGACAAGCAUGAACUGGAACGACGCCGAUUGCUGGCUCAAGCAAGUGCUCCACCCACGGAAGAUGGUGGAGAGUCGAGCAGUUCGAAUGCGGCAGCCUCGACAGCGACUGCACCCAUGAUUAAUGAGGAGGAUGAAUAUAAUGUACAAACACUGCAUCACGAUCAUACAGGAACCGACUUACCACAGUAUGAGCGGUAG